GUCUAUAUCUAUGAUGCAAUGGAGGAGGACCAGAGUACGUACUCAAGUAUAGCAUCUAGCUCCAGCAGCAGCUGUAAGGCAGAAUGGAAGACCAAGGUCACUAUUAUCGGCCAGACUAUUCAUCGUGGAAACAUUGUCUGUUAUCCAAAGCUUCCCUUCAUUUUGGAAUCUGGGAGUGAGUUUCGUAAGUUUUGCUAUGCCCUGGUGGAGUCUAGCUGGUUCAGUAGCACCAUUCUCGUGGUCAUCCUCAUCAAUACUGUAUUCAUUGGCAUACAGACAUCAGAGGAGAUUGUUGCUCGCUCAGAAUGGUACCUCACUCUCAUGGACCAGCUCUUCUUAUCAGUGUACAUCAUCGAGCUCUCUCUCAAACUGAAUGCAUGGCGGUUUCUUUACUUCAAGACCUACUGGAACGUGUUUGACUUCACCAUAGUAGCUACAAGUGGAGUGGAUUUCCUCAUUCCUCUGAUCAAUCAGAACAUUGCAAUAUUUGACACAGAAGCUUUUAAUGCACUGCGAGUUUUUAGGGCUCUCAAAGCUCUCAAGGCUCUCAGAGUUAUUCGAACUAUAAGAUUUAUGAAGAACCUUCAAGUUAUAGUGACCACAGUGUUGCAGUCCAUCCCUGCACUGGGUAGCAUCAUUAUAAUCAUCUCCCUAGUACUCUACAUAUUUGCAGUGAUUGGUCGCGGGCUGUACGGAGGAGUGGACCCUGAUCGGUUUGGCAAUAUUGCUCAAGCCUGCUUCACUCUAUUCCAGCUCAUGACUCUGGACGACUGGUUUGUGAUGUAUUCUAACAUAAGAGACAAUCAUCCAGAGCAUCAACACAUCCUUGCAUACCUACUGCUCUUCAUACUCAUUGAGACCUUUAUCUUUAUCAAUCUGUUUGUGGCUGUGAUAGUGGACAACUUGGCACGUGCACAAGCCGCUGCUAAUUACAGUCGCAAUCGUGAUAAUUCAACGGAACAUGUACAGCCGCUGGGAGAGUGGGAGCAUAGUGAUGAGGUGGUGAGGAAACAGAAUGUGUCUUCUAUCAGGGGACCAGCGGACAGCAACCAAAACACCUUGUAUAAGGAGGAGGGCCUCACCCCUCGUGAGACCCGUGAGACCGAGCUGAUGAACGAGUACCUACUAUUACUACACUCUCUGGAACACCACCUAUCAAUAGAACGCAGUCAUCAGAGGACGCUCUACAAACUUGUCGACUUGGCCGACUUCUCUAAGACUUGAAAAUAAUUAUCUAUGCAUUACAUAACGUAUUAUGCUAUAUAUAUAUAAAUGUUCUUAAUACCAUGUUAUUGUUAUUGUCUAUUGAAUUAUUAUUAUCAUCAAUUGCAAAAUUUGAAUUC